CCGGCCGCCGGCAGCCGCCGCCGCGGAGCCGCUCUAGGAUGCGGCUGCUGAGCGAUGGCACAGGGCAGAGAGGCGGCCAGCCUGCCUGCCGCGAGAGUCUGAAGCCCCGCCGGAGCCCGGCCGCGGCCGCCGCCGCAGGGGAAGCGCUCCGGACGCCGUCUUUCCCCGAGAGGCACCAGGCUCGUGAACCUGAUCUACAAUGGAAAAACUGCUUUUGUUUCUGCUGUUCAUUGGCAUAGCAGUGAGAGCUCAGAUCUGCCCAAAGCGCUGCGUUUGUCAGAUUUUGUCUCCAAACCUUGCGACCCUUUGUGCCAAGAAAGGGCUCUUAUUUGUUCCACCAAACAUUGACAGGAGGACCGUGGAAUUACGGCUGGCAGACAACUUUGUUACAAAUAUCAAGAGGAAAGACUUUGCCAAUAUGACCAGCCUGGUGGACCUGACGCUGUCCAGGAAUACAAUCAGUUUUAUCACACCUCACGCGUUUGCUGACUUGCGCAAUUUGCGGGCUUUGCAUUUGAACAGCAACCGAUUGACUAAGAUCACCAAUGACAUGUUCAGUGGGCUCUCCAAUCUUCAUCACUUGAUACUUAACAACAACCAGCUGACUCUUAUUUCUUCCACAGCUUUCGAUGAUGUUUUAGCUCUUGAGGAAUUGGAUUUGUCUUACAACAACCUGGAAACGAUCCCCUGGGAUGCUGUGGAAAAGAUGGUUAGCUUGCACACCCUCAGUCUGGACCACAAUAUGAUUGAUCAUAUUCCUAAGGGGACCUUCUCACAUCUCCACAAGAUGACCAGGUUAGACGUCACGUCUAACAAACUGCAGAAGCUACCACCUGACCCUCUCUUUCAGCGAGCUCAGGUACUGGCAACCUCAGGAAUUAUCAGCCCUUCUACUUUUGCGUUAAGCUUUGGUGGAAACCCUUUGCAUUGCAACUGUGAGCUCUUGUGGCUGAGGCGGCUCUCCAGAGAAGACGACCUGGAGACGUGUGCCUCUCCCCAGCUGCUGUCGGGCCGGUACUUCUGGUCGAUCCCUGAGGAGGAGUUCCUGUGCGAACCUCCUCUCAUUACCAGGCACACCCACGAGCUGAGGGUGCUGGAGGGCCAAAGGGCAGCGCUGAGGUGCAAGGCCCGGGGGGAUCCAGAGCCAGCAAUUCAUUGGAUUUCACCUGAGGGCAAACUUAUUUCUAACGCAACAAGGUCUGUGGUGUAUGACAACGGUACACUCGACAUCCUCAUCACAACAGUGAAGGACACGGGCUCUUUCACCUGCAUCGCUUCCAACCCAGCAGGGGAAGCCACACAGACGGUGGACCUGCACAUAAUCAAACUCCCUCACUUGCUGAACAGCACUAACCACAUCCACGAGCCUGACCCUGGCUCCUCGGAUAUCUCAACGUCCACCAAGUCGGGCUCCAAUGCAAGCAGCAGCAAUGGGGAUACAAAAGUCAGCCAAGACAAGAAGGUGGUUGUUGCUGAAGCGACAUCAUCUACUGCUCUGCUGAAAUUCAAUUUUCAAAGAAACAUACCUGGAAUACGCAUGUUCCAGAUCCAGUACAAUGGCACUUACGAUGACUCUCUGGUGUACAGGAUGAUACCUCCCACGAGCAAAACCUUCCUGGUGAACAACCUGGCUGCUGGGACCAUGUACGACCUGUGCGUCUUGGCCAUCUACGAUGACGGGAUCACCUCGCUGACCGCCACCAGGGUGGUGGGCUGCACGCAGUUCACCACCGAGCAGGACUACGUGCGCUGCCACUUCAUGCAGUCCCAGUUCCUGGGCGGGACCAUGAUUAUCAUCAUCGGCGGGAUCAUCGUGGCCUCGGUGCUCGUGUUCAUCAUCAUCCUCAUGAUCCGGUACAAGGUGUGCAACAACAACGGGCAGCACAAGGCCACCAAGGUCAGCAACGUUUACUCGCAGACGAACGGGGCCCAGGUGCAGGGCUGCGGUGGGGCGCUGUCCCAGUCUGCCUCCAAGCAGGCGGUGGGGCACGAGGAGGCCGCCCAGUGCUGCCGGGCCGCCGGCGACGGCGCCGGACCCUCGCCGGAGCCCAGCCCCGGCCCGGAGGCCACCACUACCUCGCCCUCUCCUCAUGCGUGGGCCGCCGGCGCCUCCGCUGCCCAGAAGCCGAAGCGGAAGCCGGGGUCAAAGCCCAGCAGCGAGCCGCAGAGCGAAGCUGCCACGAGUAUCGAGUCCCAAAACACUAACAGAAAUAACUCCACUGCUCUGCAGCUAGCUAGCCGUCCCCCCGACUCUGACCAAGGGGUCCCCACGUACAAAAGAGCACAAUCCAAGCCAAGUAAGUUCCUCACCUUGCCGGCCACCACGUCCAGAGCCAAGCGCAGGCUGUCACUGGGCGGCGAGCUGCUGCUGUGCCGCUGCCAGCAGGACGCGGGGCUGUGCUCCCGGCGCAGCCUCUCCAUGAAUGGGAUGCUGGCGCAGGCGGGCCGCUCCGGCGCGGAGGGCGGAACAGCGACGUUCUCGAGCUCUGAGUGGAUAUUGGAAAGCACUGUGUGACCUGCCUUUGGGUUUUUUUUUAAGUUUACCUUUUAUUUCUCUGACAAACAAAAUGCCAAACGUUGUGUGAAGUUCCCUCUCCUGGGGAAUUGGAUUCGGAAGUCCACUGUUGUCUCACUGAGUGAUGGUUUGUCCAUGCGGGGUUCUCUAUAAGCCACCCAGUGCACACGGGGUUCUGUUUAGUUUCCAUUUGGUUUUAUUUAGUAUCCAAACAGAAGGCAACAUUCAGAGUUUAAAAAGAAAAAAAAAGGUAAAAAAAAAAAAGGUUAAGGGGUGAAAAAAAGCAUGAAACAGCACCAGUGCCUUCCCUGCUCUAGGACUGGCUUCCUGGUUCUGCGGUAGCAGAAAACGCAAGAAAGAGUUUUCACAGAAAAAGCCUUUUAUAAAGGAAAUGAAAUUUCCUCCAAGCUAACAAAUAACCACUUCUGGAUCAAUCAGUAAAAUGAUAUUUUUUAAAAUGGUCAGACUGUAUAUUUCUUUUCCGUGAUAAUGGUGUUGCCUUUGUUUUUAGGCAGAUGCUGUACAGAAACAACAACGCUGUGUUGUUCUCUUGUGUAAAAUAAAAUACUCACUCGGUACACCCAGCCAGCCUGGCAGUGACUGCCCGGGGCGCCCAGCAGUGUGCAGGGGAUGCUGGUCCCUUCCUGUCCCGCGCCGCAGUAUUGGUGCCACAGCUGGGAACCCCUUCCAACAGGACCGGAGCCUGAUCGGUGGCUCCCUGCUUUGCGAUGUGGAAAUGGAAUGUGUUGAGCUCCUGUGUGUGCCAGCACCUCGAGGCAGCGGGGAGUGAGGGGCAGCAGUGGGCAGAGGCAAGGGCAGCGCUGGGGGCAGUAACCUCGCUCGUUCCAGGCUUGCAGGGGCCUAUCUCCUGUAAGCACUGUGGUUUGCAUCUGUAGUCCCUGCGCACAGCGGGGUGGCUGGGAGGUGUUCGCACCUUAACAGUGAUGUGCUGCUUGGCUCCAUGCCCCUGGGAUGCUGUCAGGCCACGGUGUCGGCCUUGAGCAUAUGGCAAUAGGUGGUAACAGCUCAGACACCCCUGUUGUGAGGGUGAGAAAUGUGCUUCUGCUGCUCUGCUCAUUCUGAAGAAAAUUUGAAAAUUAAUACUAAUUAAACUCAUAUGGUCAUCACAUUUAAAUCAAAGGCAGCUUAACUGAGCCGUCUCAGUGCAUUCUCAGAUGCUAAACGCUGUUUUUUAUACAGGCUUUGCGACCACUAAAGCAAUAGAACAGUUAAAUUUUACACCCUGCGUGCUUGUGCUUGAAGGAAGCACAGCCCAGCAGCUGUGUGCAGGUGCUCUGGCUCUCAGGCACACACACACAUGCAGUGCUGGGCCCCAGGGCCGGUGUGGGAGAGUUGUCUCCUGCAUCCCCAGGGCAUUGCACUCAGGGCUGGGUGUGCAGAGCCUGCAAGUCGUGGUUGUGCUUUGCUCCAGCGGCUGCAGGAGCCGGGAACUGGAGGCAGGCUGGAAAGCGCAGGGAAGGAAGAGGCUGUUUCUUUUUUAGAAAGCCCUUUUUCUUCCCUUUGGAAGUACAGAGACCAGAAAGGAAAUGAAGCACCAAAAUUAGAAAUUAGAAUUUCCUGCUGGAAAAGCUAAAAAGAAAUCCCUCCAGAUUUCUCUGGAAGACCGCAGUCUUCUAGAGGGGGGCAUACGGACAGAAAUAGGCUCACAGCGCACCGCCAGAGUCCAAGUUAUGGAAGGUUGAAAGUGAAGGCAUGGUGAAGCUGGGCAGAGGGGGGUAAUGGUCCUUGGAGGAGCUGAAUCUCUGCAGCCGGUACCUUCACCUUACGAUGGGUAAGGAGGCACCUUUCCGUGUGCUCUGCUGAGGUACUUGUCCUAAUUGUGCGUUUUGAAAACAUCAAAUGGAAAUGCUUUGUGUGUUGUCUAAAACUGGACGCGUGUCUGAUGUCUUGUGAAAGUGCUGAACUGUUCAUAGCUUCGGGGGGGGUUAUUUUUAUAUUUUUCAUUUCUUACUCAAAGGAAUCGAUUUUCUAAACGCUGAAGCUGAGUAAUCUAUCUGCAGUACGUUUGUAUAAGCAGCUUAGAAGGACCAUAUGUCACCGUGUUUUGUUUAACUCUGCGCUAACAUUGCAGACCUGGGUGGCUUUAGGGCUCUGCUCACAUCGGAGAGGAGCAUCCCCUGGGUGUGCACGGGGUGUUGGUUCUGUGCCAUCGCCACAGGGGUGAACAUAACAGCGGGAUGUUCAGGCCUGGUUCAUUCCAAGUGUGGGAAGCCUUGGAAAGGGGGAAAUCUGUCUUUUCUGUUCUGCAAAACCAGAGCUGUAGCAGAUAGAUGCAGAAAAAAGUGCCAAGGUAUCUUUUGAUCAGAAGAGUGACACUGAAAUAUUUGUUCAGUGAUGUGCUGGAAAUUUUCUAAUUCUUUGGAAACCAAAACACUCAUGAAAGAAUCCCAGAUGUGGCUUUACCCCAUUGUGGUUACACAGUACUGUCAUGCAGGGAAGGCCUUGGGGAGGGGAGUGGGCAGCCAGGAGCUGCUGUCCUUGAGAUGAGCCCCUUUGGGCUGCACGAGUGAGUGUGCAGCACCCUGAUGUAGUGUGCAGCACCCCAAGGCAGUGUGCAGCAUCCUGACCAGCACCCUGCUGCUCGUGCUCUAUGAAAACGGUCACCAACACUUUGGUUGUGGGAGGGUCUCUGUGUUUCACAAGCACCAGGCAAGGAGAAGAAAAUUCAGGAAUUUGUUUAUUUGUACUGAGAUUUCUGACACACGCUUUCUCUUACGUAUUUCUUAAAUCCACUCCUAACCCUUUUUCGAAAACACACUCGUUCUGUUAAAGAGGGCUGCUUCAAGUUAUGUUUGGAUGGAGAAGCAGGGUUUUGUUGGGUGAAAAGCUGGUUGUGUUAGUUGUUCUCUGUGCUGCCUUUCUGCUGAUGUUCUGGGCAUGUUCUUGACGGUGAAUAUAUGGUACUGUUCAGUUCUGGGUGCAAAUGUGGCUUUAUUUCUGCCAACGUGCUCUGGUUGCUGGAAAACUCUCCCCAAGCACCAGUGCAGAUCUGCAGUAAUGAGCAAAAGAGGCGUUGGGGCAUGGGGACGAGUGUGGGGCAGGCGAUGCCCCCAGUGCUGCAGAGCAGUGCUGUCCCACAGGGGCUUUGCUGUGUGUCACCAUAGGGAUGCAUCCCACAGAGCCCUGCAGGAGCAGCAGGUGAUGGCAGGGCCCAUUCCCAUUCUCCUGUGGUGAAGCCCCUCCAGCAGUCGUGUGUGCAGCAGUGCCAGCGCUGGGCCCAGUGGUUUCCUGCAGCCAUCACUGACCCUGUGGAGCUGCUGGGGGCUGAGCUCUGCUCCGUGCAGCACAGAGAUGUUGGCAUUUCUCAGAGUACACCAGAACUUUGCUGGUCACCACCUUGUGCCUGUGUGUUGCAGUUCUGAGUCACAUCAGCCCAAGCUGUGGUGGAUGACAGUUCUGUCACAGCCAGCUGUCCCUGUGUCUGUGUGUCCUGCAGCCGCCUGUCCCUGUGUCCCACUGCUGCCAGCAAAUGCUGCUCACGUGUCCUUGAAGAAGCACAGCGUGACUCUUCCUGCACCAUCUGCAAAUGCACCCCGAGCUGCAGCAGGCGCUGUGCAGAGGCAGUGGGGGUUUAUCCUCAGUGAUUGACCCAACAAGCAGAAGUAAUGUCACAGCUGCUGUCAUUUACUACUGCUUCUCACUAAUUGGGAGAAACUGGAGCCUUGGAGGUACUGCUUGCAGAGUGGCAGCAUUUGUCAGACUUACAAUAUCUCAAGAAAACGUACUGUCCUGUUCCUUUAAGGUGCUGUUGUAACAAGUGAUGUGCGCUCACUCUCUAAAAGGAACAAUAGCAGCUGUAACAGAGUAACACAAUGCCUCUCCCAUGGUAAUUUAGGAAGUAAUUUUAAGGUAGGUCAAAGUUCUGGUUUGAAAAAAAAAAAAACAACAAAUCACAGCAAGAUCAAUAGGGUCCUGCUUACUGAAACCAUGCAUCCAAUGCUUUCUCUUUGAAGACAUUUUUCUGCAUGCCUUUUAGUUCAGUACUGGCUGUGACACAGAUACAAGGAUUGCACUGAGCUGCCCCUGCACUUGCUGAGUGCUGCAGCAGCAUCUCCUGCCCUCUGUGCAGAUGCACAAGCGUGCUCUUUUGUUACAGUGUGAUGCAGGUGGCCGCAUACCAUCGUUUUAAAGGAAAAUGGUCUUCCUGUACGCAGAAACCCUUUUCCUCUAUGUAACUAACGUUAGCAGCCAGAGCAUCAGUGCUUUGCUAAAAGAGCAUCAGCACCGUGGCUGUGCUGCCUCACCUGUGCAGGGUGCCUGCACCCACAGUGGCAGCCCCAGGUAAGUAUUGCACUGCAGCACUGUCACCACUGGCACAUCCCCAGGGCACGCAGGAACAGCAGCACUGCAGGGCAGGCGGGGACAGUGGCUCUAGGCCUGCUGCCAAGCUGUGCUGCACUGUGCAUGCAUGCUCUGAGUGUUGGACAAAGGCAGCGCUGGAAAUAAGAACAAAUGUGCCGUAUUCUGUCUCUGCUUGGAUGUGGUUGUGGCGUUGCGUUCAUGGCAGCAUGGAUGGGACACAAGUGUGCAGGGUAUGGGGUCUGGAAUGGGUUAAAGCACCCACACUUUGCAUCAGUAAUGUGAGCCAAAAGGCAAAGCUUUCUGAUCUUGCUGAUAGUGAGUGCUAAUGCCAUUGAUUCAUUCACAAGAGCCAGGCUUGAAGGCUGAUGCUGUGGCAAAAAGGAAGCUUAGCUUGCAAGGAAAGAAUCUAAAAAAGAAAAAAGCAAAUGUGGCAAAUUGUUGGCUGCAGAGAGACGAGAUUGAAGCUUUGUCUGUAUGAAAAUAAACAGGACGAGCUCUACUGCCUCUGUCAUGCUGGAACAAGCCACGUCUGCCAGGUCAUUCGAAGUUGUUACUCGGUUGGUACCAGCCUUCAGAUCGCUGACAGCUGAUAUCAGUUCAUGUGGAUUGUUACCAGUCUGCAGGCAGGGACAGGUCAGUACUGGCUCAGUGCUGACCCGGGACUUCCAGCGUCUGGGAAGCACUGGUGGCACCUCUGGGUCCCCCUGGCCUGCAGAGCCCUGCAGGGCCCCUCAGGAGUGGUGCUGAGAUGGAGAGUGGUGGCGUUCCUCUGUUUCUGCCUCCGUUGGUACCCAGAGUGAGGCAGGCAAGGAGAAUGUUCACUGUGCACUGUGUAUGGGGUGCACACACCUGCUGGGAGCUGCUGGGGCUGUUAGUGAUGUGGAGAUGCUGCCACAGCACAUCCUGAUAACUGUGGAGCCACACAGGCAACUGCUGAGUGCAGCGCGUUCUGGGCACAGAGCAGCACUGUAGCCCAGGGGAGCGUGGGACCUGGAGCUGCCUGGGUCUCCCUGCAUCAUGGGGAUGUGUGCAUGUGCCUAUCUUGCACGGGAAUUCAAUUUGGACAGGAAAAUGAGAGAAAGAGUCACGGUUCCAGUGCAGCUCCCUUCUCCCCAUGCUCACUUGGGCAGAGGGUGGUGGGCAGGGAGUCCUGCAGGCCCCGGUGCAUGGCUGCAAACAGCUGGAGAGCUGUGUCCUGCAGCAAGCCAUGGCCACACUUUGUGGUUUGCUUCCGGUGCUGAGAGGUAAGUGGGGCCGUGGGGCCGGCAGCAGUGAGGUGCAGGGCUGCAGUCACUCAGUGGAGCUGCAGGUCCCCACACUCCCAUGGGACAAGACCAACAGUGUGGCUGCUCAGGGACAGAUGGGCACACGCUACACGUUCUGUGCAUGGUGACUUUUCACUUGCAUGUAAGCCUGGCAAGGGCCAACGCUGGGCUCGUGCCCAUCCACUGCUUCAUGUUGGUGUUUCACCUCUGUGCCACUUCCAAUACUGCACAAAGAGGUGAAAACACUGUCGUAGAAAAGGGCUUUGCCUGCGGGGAGUCAGGAGUUCUCUAAUUCUGGAGAAGUGAAUGUUCCCAUUCCUUGCCAUGGGUGUUGCUGUCUCUCUGUCCGUCCGUCUGUCUGUGUCAGUCAUUCUGUCUGGAGGUUGCAGCACGGCUCUGGGCACUGUGGGUUACCCUCACUGUCUCUGUU